AUGCAGCGCCGCAAGAGCAAGCGCAGUGCGCCCGCCGUCCCGUUGGAGGAAGCGACGUGCGAGGGCCCGAUCACAUGGGCGGAUCCUGUUCUCGCCGCGCUUCUGGCGACGACGCUGGGCGUGUACGGCGCGACGUUGUACCCGAGCGUCGCGGGCGGUGAUAGCGGGGAGCUGCUGGCCGAAGCGUGCCACUUGGGCGUGGCCCAUCCCCCUGGGUACCCGCUCUACAGCAUGUUGAACUACGUCGUGAUGCAAUUGCUGCCCGGUGGCCCGUCCAAGGCAUGGCGUGCGAACGCCUUCUCUGCGGCGUGCGACAGCCUCUGUGCGAUAUACAUCUACUGGGCGACGCUGCUUUGGCUUCCGCCAUCCUACGAUCGAUGGAUGGUGCGCUGCGCGGGCGCAACUGCGGCGGUUUCGUUUGCGCUCAGCCCGCUUGUCUGGACGUACGCAGUUGGCGCCGAGGUUUUCUCACUCAACAAUGCCUUUGCUGGCGCGCUUCUCUACGUCCUCCUUCGUUUUGCAACCGCUUCGACGCCGUGGCCACUCGCUUGCGUUGGCGCCACUCUCUGCGGCCUCGCGCUGACCAACCAGCACACGAUCGUGCUCUUUGAGCUACCGCUGAUUCCGUGGGUUCUAUGGUCCCUGCGCGCGACGCUGAGCCUGCGACGGCUCGGGCUCCUGAGCCUCUUCUUCGUUCUUGGCCUUCUCCCGUAUGUGUACCUGCCGGUGACGUCCUUCUUGAAGCCGCAGCCUGGGUCCUGGGGCGACGUAACCUCCAUCGGCGGCUUCGUCCAUCAUCUUCGGCGUGGCGAUUACGGCACCUUCCGGCUCUUCUCGACCGAGAAGGAGACCGAAGGCCUCUACGAACGCCUCGCCCUCUAUUUUUCGGACCUCGUCCAGCGCGAGGGCAGCUAUGUCGUGGCGCCGCUGGCCGUGGUCGGCUGCGUGGUGUCGCUCCGCCACGCGGCCGGGCCCGUCGUCCUCGCCAUGUACCUCGUGUACAUUGUGGGCUUCCACGCGCUCGCGAAUCUGCCGCUGACCGAAGGGCUUCUCUACGGCGUCCACAUGCGUUUUUGGCAGCAGCCCAAUGUCAUUGUGUUUACGUAUGCCGGCGUCGGGCUCGGCGUUAUCUUGCAGGCGCUGCCGACGCGGCCGACGUGGCGGCUUGCGAUUGGUGCAACGUGCGCCGUCGGUGCGGGUGUCGGCCAAUACGUACGCUGGCAUGCCAUUUGCGACCAAAGCAGCGCCACGUUCAUCGCCCAGUACGCCAAGGCGCUCUUGGACCCGCUGCCUAAGAACGCACUGGUGUUCAUCAAUUAUGAUCUGCAGUGGACGUCCAUGCGGUACCUCACACGCUGCGAAGGCUACCGGCCUGACCUCACGAUCAUCAACCUCUCGAUGAUGACGUAUGCGUGGUUUGGCACCAAGCACGCGCUGUACCCGCAGCUUAUCUUUCCCGGCUCGCACCUCGUGCCCGCCUCGACCUCGCAAGGCGGCGGCUUUAGCUUGUUGCAACUGCUUGAUGCCAACGCAAAGCGCUAUCGCAAGGCCGGCAUCUACCUCGGCGGUCAGCUCAACUACAAGGACAGCGACCUCUUGCGCGCGUACACGUUUGUGCCCCACGGCCUUCUCGACAAGUUGCACCCGACAUCGAUGCCCGUGUACCGCCGCCUUAAGACGUGGCAUGCGCAAAUGACCAAGACGCUCCAGGUCGUGCAUCACCACCUGCCAACGUUGCCGCCGCCGUCCCGCUACAGCGACGAGACGUGGGAGUGGACCAUUGCGCGCGACUACCACAUGAAGCGGCUCUCGCUCGCGACCUUCCUCUUGGACGAGACGAUCAAGGCGAACGGGUCCAUCGCAUGGCUCGCCGAGGCGGCCAAGCCCAUGGAGCACUCGCUCCUCUCCGAGCCAAGACAAUUCUGGACCGACGACCUCCUCAAGAACCUCGGCCUCGCGUACGCCUACAUGGUCAAGUCACCAGAGACGCUUCCGUCGGAGGCGACGGACGUUCUCUUGCCGCACGUUGGCGCGAGCGUGCGGGACGCGGCCAACUGGAAGGACCGCGCCAGUGCGCGCAUGCUCGAAGUGUGGCACAUGUGGCUCCAGCUGCCGUCGGCGAAACGAGACCCGGGCUACGCAGCCAUCCAGGGCAUUGUCGCGCAGUUUCUUCCGUCGUAG